GCGGGCGCGCUCUGGCAGGCCUGGACCGGUGGGUGCUCCCGAUGCCUGGGGGUGGCGCGCAUGACGUCAGCAGCAUCCUGCCCUCGCUGCCUCCCGUACGCCGCCUCGCUGUUGCCAUGGCAACCUCCUCCCCGACGGCAGAGUUGGCCAAGCCCCUUAACUAAUGGGGUGAAGACCUAACAUGGCAACUUUCCUCGCAGCCCAAAAGGCCCAUUCCAUCCUGAAGCGCUUCCCACGGGCCAAUGGCUUCCUGGAAGAAUUCCGCCAGGGCACCAUUGAGCGCGAGUGCGUGGAAGAGGUCUGUAGCUACGAGGAAGUCAAGGAGGUGUUUGAAAACAAGGAGAAGACGAUGGAGUUCUGGAAGGGCUACGCCUACUCCGUCAAAGAUGCCUCAGAUGGGACAGACCGCUCAGACGCUAUGUACGUGGUGGUGCCCCUGCUAGGCGUGGCUUUGCUUAUUAUCAUUGGCCUCUUCAUCAUCUGGCGCUGCCAGCUACAGAAGGUCACGCGCCACCGACCCUCCUACCCCCAGAAUAGGUGCUUGGCCAGCCGAGCAGCUCGCAGCUUGCCCAGGGUGAUGGUGUGCCGGGAGGCCUCCCCCAGCCAGAACGAAGCCCACUGCCAGCGGGACCUAAGUGGCAGAGGGGCUGCCAAUGGUGAGUGGGGGCAGGGGCUGCCCAGUCAGCUGGCCAGGACACUCGGUGACCCUGACCACAUGGCUGCACCCCUGUCUAGACUGUGUGGUGCCACUCCACCCCCCUCGUAUGAAGAAGUGACGGGGCAGCCUGACUGUUGUGGCAGCAGCGGUGCAGAGGAGCCCAACUUGUCUUACAGAGAUCCCCCACCCAAAUAUGAGGAGAUUAUGAGUCCCCUUCGCAUCCCUAGGAAGUAACGGCCCCCCAGAUACUCUCGGCCAGGUGAUGCCAUCACAGAAAAGCCUUACCCUCCAUCCUCACCAAGUGCUCCAGAGGUGGCCAGCCAUCCACACCCUUCACCCCUUCUGCUGGGAAGUUGCAGGACCCUCAGCUUGAACGGUUCUGGUUGGUGGGAAGUCACGAGAAGCAAGGCUGUACUGUGUCCCGGGGGUCCCCGAGGGCUUUAUGGGAAGCACGUUGAACAGCUGUUUGGGUGGUGCCACGGGAAGGAGGCUGGGCCCUACUGCACCCCCAUCCUGCUGCAAGGAAAGGCUGCUGCGGCGUCCAGGACGGGGCAUUCAGCACCCUUAAUUUCCACCCUUUGAACUUGCUUCCGCCAAGAUCUUGGCUGCAGCCAGCGCUGAUGGCAGACAGGGUGGGGUGGGGGCUGUACUGCUCCUUCUGCCCACCUGGGAUAUUUCUGGCAUGGUAGGGAGGAGGAGGGCAGAUAUUCCUUCUUGGUGUGUGUCUGGCCUGGGAAAAUAUCACCCCUUCUUUUCUGCUCGGCUCACUUUCUCUUUCUACCCAGCACUGCUUUGUUCAGCCAAAGGGGGGGAAAACCCCACCUCCACGCUGGCUGCCCCCGUUGAAUGCUUUCUUUGUCUGCGGAUUAAGCCUUUGUGUGCAGCCUCCUUCUCCAGAGAGAAGUAGCCCAAAGCAAAACUGAGUUACUGUGUUCACAAAGCCAAUGCAUUGAUGAUUGCCAUUUUCUGAUGUAUCUGUUGUGCUGGAAGGGUGUGUGUCUGUGUCUGUGCAUGUAACCUCCGUGUGCCGAAGGACAGAGAAGAAGGAUCGGCUCUUCUUCGUCUCUCUUGCCUGCUGGAAGGCACAAGGUCCUCUCUUUCCCCUUUGCUGUCUUGUGAGGUCUUAUCUCCCUCCCUCUCCUCUCCCUUCUGGAAAUACAUCAGGACAUUUUCUGGGCCCCCAGGCUCAUCCCACUGGGCCAGUCUGUGUCUUCCUCUCCUUGAGGCUGCCUGAAAGUAGACACUGGGAGCAGCCCCCUGCCAGGGAAGACUCUGGAUGGACAUCUCUGCUGGGGACCCCUUCUGCCUGCAGCAGCAUUUCUUCCCCAGGCAGGAUCCGUGCCUGACCUCCAGGUCACUCGCACUGAAUGUUCUGCCCCCGCGGUAGAGCCCUUUCCCUUCGGCACCUUCUUUGGGGCCUUUUUCCUGCUGAAUCGGGGGACAUCCUGCUCCUCCCUUGCCUUCAGUGCUCUGCGCCCCAUAACCUUGGCUGCUUUCCGUGCGGCCCUCUUCCGUCACUGGGGUCCCCUGGAGAGGGACACGGGGGCUGGCACUCAGCCCAGGCUGCAGAGGCCCACCUGCAGGAACGCUUGUCUCCCUGCCAGAAGGAGCAGCUGCUUGAUGGUCACUUCCCUGGACGAAGCACACACACACACUCACUUCUUUCUCAAUGGUGCUAAUGCAUAGCCAGGUGUUCCCUCCUCGUGUGACACUCUGUGUGCUGCUUUACUGUAUUUAUACAUUUUGUUUAAACUGAAAGAAACUUCAUUUAUCAUGGGUACUAGAUUGUUUCUUGCACUGUGUCAAGACCAGGUCACGGUUCUGAUGCAAGCUGAUCAACCAACCACAAAUUCACUGUGGACAGUGGCGAAAUGUAAAAAAAAAAAAAAAAAAAAAACCAAGCAUUGUAAGUAACUCUUCUUCUCCCUUCACUGCCUGCCUCACAGUGAGAAAAAGAGCUGCCAUCAUGGCAUCAACAACCCCGAGCCAAGGGAGACUCAUGGGAGAGCUCCCUUUCAAGGCCACGAGGGCAUGGGGGCAGGCAGACGGGUCUCCGUGGCAAAGGGCUCUCUCUCAUCAGCAGAGAGGGUUGGCUUCUGACUGGUCUCAGGCUGCUGGUGAGGAUCGGGGUUCUGUGCUGAGGCUCCCACUGAACUCAGAGGAAAGUCAGAUGGAGAACAUCUCACCGAAGAAGGAUCUGAAGGCAAAAUGUGAAGCUGCCCAGCCUGCACCCAGGGAGGAUGGGCAAAGGGCUUUGUGGGAGUGGAUGCUGGGGUGAUUUAACCCACAGAACAGGGUUUGUGCCACUGGUAUGUUUAUAGAUCAGAUCCACUUGUCAUAUUGCCGCAUUUCUACGGUAUCUAAAGUCUUCCUGUACAUUAGCCUUCUCCAGCCUGGUACUCCCUGCCCAAUGUGAUGGACUGCAGGUCCCAUGCUGGGGGGUGGGGGGGCAUUAGGAUUGUACUUUUCCAGCUUGUGGUGGACAUCGGGCUGGAAAAGCCCUUCCCAUAAUGCAGAUGUGAAGGGAGCCAGCAGGUUGCUGGGGCCAGACUCUGCCUCAGGAGUACUUGCGCGAUGGAUGGGCUGACUUCGUGAGAGCGCAGCCUAACAAAAUUGGGCGCCGGUGCAACGCGAGCCUCUGACCCAGCAGCUAAACCCCUUUCAGCCGCCCUGUCCUUGAAGCUCCCUGGAAGAGCGGGCAAGCGGGGCGGAGAGGGAUCCCUGCGCUGGAGGCCUUCGCGCGGCAGGCAGGCAGGCAGGCAAGCAGGCAAGCAAGGCGACC